ACUUGUGUCACCGCCCACUGCCGCUUUCCUCUGCACUUUGCUUGCUUGUUUGUUGCUUUGUGGCCUUGCUCCAUAUCCGCCCGUGUGUCAUCCACCCCUUUUCCAACCUGCCAUCAGUUAGCACGUCGAGCAAACAGCAACCAUGGGAAACGUUCACGUCGUCGGCCCAGACCAAGUCAUGGUCGUGUCAGGUGGCUGCUGCAAUGCCACGAACAAGAAGACCAUCAUCGGUGGCUGUGCUUGGGCAUGGUGGUUUUGCACGGACGUGCAAUCGCUCUCACUGAACGUGAUGACGCUGCUGCCGCGCUGUGAGGACGUGGAGACGCUGCACGGUGUGGCUGUCACUGUAACAGCAGUAGCGCAAGUGAUGGUAAUGGCGGAGAAUUCGCUAUCCGGGAAUGAAGGCGGGGAAGAUCGAGACACCUUCCUGCGCAAAGCCCUCGAGCAGUUCCUUGGCAAGUCGCCCUCGGAGAUCCGCGAUACCAUCCUGCAGACCCUCGAGGGUCACCUUCGCGCCAUCCUGGGUACGCUUACCGUCGAGGACAUCUACAAGGACCGCGAGAAGUUUGCAAACCUCGUGCGCGAAACCGCCAAGCCCGACCUGGCAAAGAUGGGGCUUGACAUCCUGAGCUUCACGAUCAAGGACGUGUACGACAGCCUCGAGUAUCUCGACUCGCUCGGCAAGACGCAGACGGCCAACGUCAUGCGUGAUGCCGACAUUGGCGAGGCUGAGGCCCAGCGUGACUCCGGCAUUGCCGAAGCAGAGGCAGAGCGCGCGCACCAGGAGAAGGCCAACUCUGCCAAGACGGCCAUUGCAAACGCCCGCCGCGCCUACGAGACAGCAAAGGCCGUGUACGACGAGGAGGUGAACAAGGCGCGCGCAGAGGCGGACCUUGCAUACACACUGCAGGCCGCCAAGUGCCAGCAGGACAUUCGCGCCGAACAGGUCGAGAUUGAGGUCGUCGAACGCCGCCGCCAGAUUGAGGUGGAGCAACAAGAGGUGCUGCGUACUGAGAAGGAGCUUGUGGCCAAAGUCAACCGCCCCGCAGAGGCCGAGCGCUUCAAGGUUGAGACGCUUGCCGAGGCAGCGCGCACCAAGCAGGUGUACGAGGCACAGGGUGAAGCCGAAGGCAUCAAGGCGGUUGGUGCUGCGGAUGCGUUCUCGAUCAAGGCUGUUGGUGAAGCACGCGCCUCUGCCAUGGCCGCCCGCGCCGAGGCCUUCUCCAAGUACGACAAGCAGGCCAAGGCCAGCCUCGUGCUCGACGCCCUGCCAAAGCUCGCUGCUGAGGUUGCUGCGCCGCUCGGCAAGACCAAGGAGAUUGUUGUGCUGAGCGGGGACUCUGAGGGCGUUGCUGGGCAGGUCUCCAAGCUCGUCAGCCAGCUGCCCCCCGCCGUCCAGGCCCUCACCGGUGUCGACCUCAAGGACACCAUGCGCAACAUGGCCAGCUCAAGCGUCUGAUGCUGAUGAUGCGAUGGUGCGCAAUCACCUCUGUCCCACCACAUCACAUCACUGCACGCUUGCUUUGCUUGCUAGUUUGCUUCCUUGCUUGUUCACAACCCUGUUCACAUCAUGUCACAGUGUCACACACAAGCCCACACACAAGCCCGCACACAACAACACGCGGCACUGCUUCUUCUCUUUCCUUUUUCUGUUCGCGCAUGUAGAUUUCCAUGUAUGAUUUCAGUAAAUCUUCCGUAACGCUCAAA